AAUUACUAUUUCUUGAGCAGCUUGAUUUUCAUAGUAUAAUUGAGUUUAUUUGUUUUAAUAUAUGGCCUGUGAUUAUAAUUGUACUUGUAGUCAUCGUAAUAUUUUUGUUGGAAAUUAAAAGAAUUGUAAAUUAAUUUGUUUUAUCAACAAUAAGUUAAUAUUUUUCUUUUUUAUUUUUAAAUUUUAUUUUCCAUCUCUUUUCUAUACUCAUUUUUAUUCCAUUGGCAGAUUAUUGAUUAGAAAAAGAUUAGUUCCCUAAUAAAACCAAUUGUUGAUAAAGUUGUAAUUAGAUGGAAACUCCGGUAUAUACCACCAGUUUACAUAAUUUGACUUCAAUGUAAUUAUAACAUGCUUCAAAUAUGAUAUAAUAAAUAGAGUUGCAAUCAUGCAAUGGACUAAAAUCUGAAUAUAUUUUGAGAUGAAAUCAUUCUUUCUAAAAAUUUAAAUUGACAAAACAAGGUACAUAAAUAAUCAUAUAAUAUAUUAAAAUUCAAAUUCCAAAAAAAGAAAAUUAUACUAAGAACCACAAUGCUUAUUGUAACAGCUACAACAAUAGGAAUCAUCACAAUUUAUUUUAUGUUGUCAAUUUUAAUAACAGUGGUGGAGAACAGAGACUAAAGAAGAGAUAUAAUGAAGAUUACUCCAAGUCUCCAAAAAUAGUGUAAUAUUUUCCUAUUAAAUUGAGAGGCAUGGCACUUUCAGUUGCUGCUGCUGCUUCUUCUUCUUCUUAUUCUCAAGCAUCUGUCACUCAUCAAUACGAUGUCUUUAUCAGCUUCAGAGGUGAGGACACGCGUAACGGCUUCACCAGCCAUCUUCAUUCCGCUCUCCGCAGAAACAAGAUUGAGACGUUCAUAGAUUACAGAAUCCAGAAAGGAGGAGCCAUCUGGAACGAACUUGUUGAGGCCAUCAGAGACUCAAACUUGUUUCUUAUUAUCUUCUCUGAGAACUAUGCUUCCUCAAAGUGGUGCUUGAGAGAGCUGGUGGAGAUCAUGGAAUGCAAGAAGAAGAAGAAUGAAAAUGUGAUUGUGAUUCCAGUGUUCUACAGAAUAGAACCCACCCAUGUUCGCAAGCAGACUGGAAGUUACCACAAAGCAUUCGCUGAGCACCAGAGAUCCACCGACCGUAAACAAGUGCAGCAAUGGAGGACCGCACUCAUUGAAGCUGCCAAUCUUUCUGGCUUCCAUUGCGAUCACGAUAGAAAUUAGUUAUUACAUAUGGUGUCCAAUCUGAGCAAGAAAAAGGCCACGCAGAAGAAGGCGGUGAUAGCGGCUAAGAGAGGAGGCAAGGCGGCUGCUUCGUCGAAGGCGUCGGCAACAGCUUCAGCUUUUUUCUGCUUAAACAGAAGUAGCAAAAUGGUUUUUGUUUCGCAAGCUGCUACACCGUCAUACUGUAUUCGCCAUGACACCUUAUUUUGGCACAUCUUCGAUGUGUCCAAUUUUAGGAGGAUACCUUGCUUUGCUGUCUCUCCUUCUUCCUGGGAUUCUGCUAAGAAGGAUUGGUUGGUCGUAGUAUUAUUGUUGUAGCUAGCUCUCCCACCGAAAAUGUUGUGGUUGCUGCGAAGCCACUCACGAAGAAAAUCUUGUGGAUUAUCUUGCCUCUGGUUGCAAGACCAAGGAUCAAUGGAGGUGCCAUUUUUUAUUUGUAUUCAUGUUGAAUUGAAUUUGAAUUCAUUUUCA